AUAACCUUUCGAGCCCCCCGGCUCUCGGUGCAGUUACAGGGCGGCUCCCCGGUUCCACGGCCUCCCGCGAUGGCGGUGCCGGACCUGCGGCUGGACCCCUCGAUUCGCUUCUGGGUUUUGCUGCCCGUGGCCUGGAUCUCGCUGGCCGUGGGGAUUCUGCGACUGCGCGUGGCUGGGUUGCUGCGCGGCGAGCGCAAGCCGGCCUGGCCUGAGCAACGGCGAGACACGCAAAUUCUGGCUCGUAGCCGCCUCUUGAGAGAAAAUGGACGGUUUCUAACUCAUCAGGGUUUUCUUAUGCGCAAGCAUUACUUCAAUAAUUCUGAGAAUGGCUUCUUUCGCAAAACCAAGCGCAAACUGCAGCCUCGAAACCCACUGACAGAUCCCACCAUGGUUACAGAGAUGAUGAAGGGCAAUCUCAUCGAUGUUCUGCCCAUGAUUCUCAUUGGAGGCUGGAUCAACUGGGCCUUCUCUGGCUUUGUGGCUACUAAGGUUCCCUUCCCCUUGACCCUGCGAUUCAAGCCCAUGUUGCAACGUGGAAUUAACCUGCCCUCCAUGGAUCCCUCGUGGGUGAGUUCGGCCUCCUGGUAUUUCCUCAACGUCUUUGGUCUGCGCAAAAUAUACAAGCAUGUCCUGGGGGAGGACACCGAGCAGAGCCACCUACUGCCCCAAGACCAACUCAUGGGCCCAGCUGCUCCCGCUCCACCAGACCCCAACAAGGCCUUCAAAGCUGAGUGGGAAGCCUUGGAGUUGGUGUCUCAUCACUGGGCUCUUCAGGAUGUUGAGGAACAGCUGAUAUCACAGGACCUCAAGUUGACUGGGAUGUCCAGGCCAGAUUGAGUGGUUCCUGGUCCGCUCUGGGAUACAGUCCUACAGAACAGUGGUGCCCAGAGACCCCCUGAUCAUCCUUAUCAAUUGGUGGCCAAGGACCACCUUAUUGUGCAUGGUGUGCUAAAGGUGUGGAGCACUGCUUGGUUUAAAUGGCAAAAGGUAUUAGCAGAGCGCUGAAAAUCAUCCAUGAUCAGCAGUCUGAUCAGGAAGCAGUUUCAGAAACCUUGUGAAGAGCUGAAGCAUGGAAUAGCACCUGCCUCUGUUUCCUGCUGUGCAUCAAAAGAGAAAAAAAUGUGAGAAAUGUCUCUGGAGGUUUGAGCUAGAAAUUUAAUGUAUGUUGCAGAACACUGCGUAGUAAACCAGGGGAGCUGCAAUUCUU